GUUUGGUUUUCACUAGUGUUUGGCUUAUUCGGAGUCGAUUUUAAAUCAGUGAGGAUUAAUUAAACAUAUUUUUUGUAAGGUGGGCUGACUUUUAUUCAAUGGUGGUAACAAGGCUAGGGUCGACAUUAGAGUGAAAGUUAUAUAUGCCCAAGCUUCCAAUUUUGGGGAAAAUUUGGCACAUUUUGGGGAAGCCGCUAUAGUAAAUUUUGGGGAAAUGGCACAGAAAACCCAAAAUUGGAAGCUCGCGUGGACUCACCGACAGCCGGCUCUAUUUAUCCUCAGUAUUUAAAAGUUUGAAUUUUACAUAUCCGCCUGUCUGGAUCUAAUCCUGUCGCAUACUAACGCGUUUUUAACCAGUUUUAACUUCUUAUACUAUCCAAGUCAAUUAUGAGCUCGUAUUCGUCUCCGCGAACCGUUAAUGAUGCAGACAGUGAUAUGGACUUUUCCAUUUAUUCGCCUAGUAGCGAGUUUGAUUUGGAUUUCACGUUCAGAUCUUUAAAGAAAGGAGCUUAUAAUAAGGAGGAAGAUUUAAAUCGUAAACAUUUCAACUCACCGGAAUCAUUACUCGUUUUAACAGCCAAAGCAAUCGCUCUACACUUCCCAUUUGAGGUUGUUGAAUCCAGUCCAGUUACUGUGCCAGAAGAAUUGCAAAGACUUAUAGCCUUUCAUAGCUUUCCAACUGAUGAAGAUGAUAUAUGGUUGUAUUCCUGUCUUAGCAGUGGGGGUUCAUACGAAUUUGAUCAAGGUGAAGCAUUGUGGGCUGAUAAAGCUGUUAAAGAGUGUGUUCAAAUCGGAUUUCAUCUGAGCGCAACUGUAUUGACAAGUCUUCAUAUUGCACCUGCUUUUGUACCUCCAGCGAAUAAUGAGGAGAAUGGUACAAAUAAUAAUAAUAAUAAUAAUAAUAAUAAUAAUAAUAAUAAUAAUCCUAGUUCCAAUGGUCAUUUCAUUCCAUAUGUUAUCAAUCCUAAUCCAAAUGAUGCACAUCGUGGACAGUCGAAUUUUGAAAAUUUUGGGACUGCAAAUGAAAGUACUGUCAAUAACACUAAUAAUAAUAGUAACAAUAAUAGAUUACGAAAACGUGGAAUUAAUAUUGAGCCUGAUUAUCCUGCUCAUCGAGUUUCAUUGACAUUCGAUCGACAGAGAAUAACUUCAUGCUCAUGCACGUGUACUUUCGGUUUAGAGGAAAGAUGUACAGCUGUUGCAUCACCUUCAAAUUUUGGAGAUAAUAUGAUAAAUUUAGACUCCACAGAAAACGUUAGUAAUUCUAUCAAAUCAAAUUCGUUUGCCUAUCAACCAAUGACUGGAACAGAACCAAAUUCUGGAACUCUGUGGCAAUUUGGUGCUAGAAAUAGAUCAAUUUUUACAAAUUCUCAUAUUAACUCACGCCAAAUAUCUAGUCAACUUAAUAGUUAUUUUCCAAAUAGUAAUUGUUUAUCAAAAAAUUCAUGUAAUCAAACAUCUCCCAACAGUCGUCGUUCUUGGUUGUUUAAUCAACAUAUUGUAAAUCAAAAUAACAUACGCAAUGAUUUAAUGCCGACAAAUGGGCAAAAUCCUACAGGAACAUGGUGUUCACAUGUUGUUGCCACAUGUUUAAUGCGUAUUCGACAACCUGAUAAAGUUUUAUUACGUGCUCCUAUAUCAGAGUCUCUGUCAAAAUUAAGUAGAGAAGAUUUACAAAAAUUUGCUCAAAAUUUAAUUUGUCACGUAGGCCCUAGAAAGAUUUUACCAGCUGCACAGCUUAUUCUAGACCAGUUAUUGGCUGCUACAAAUAAUCCUAUUAAAAAUUCUGCUGGAGCACCUGACCCAACCGUCGGUGGAGCUUUGGGAGAUGCAGCAGCGUGGUGUUUUGAUGGUGGUGUAUUAGAAGAAAAAUUACGAGUUACACUGCGUAGAUUUUGGGCUCCACGACCUGUAUUAUAUAGUGAUAUUGGAUCACUAAGUUUUAAUUCACCUACGGAAGUAGAGAAUUUUCACUGUAUACUUCGUUCUUAUCGUGCCAACGAACCACGUGGCCUUUGGGCAUUACUAUCAUUUAUUAGAGAUAUGAUGAGAAGACAAGAUAAUAAUGGUGUUUUACUCUUAGAAAUUGUUACACGAUGCAUUUUAGAUAUGAAUGAGGUUAUGUUUUGGUGGUGUACUGUUCAAACUAAUCCUUGUCACUUUCCUGAAAGUGUAUCUGUUCGUCAAAAACAAACUCAGUGUGUUGCUGUUUGGUUAUGUGAAGAAAUUGUUCAACUUUGGAGUUUAGCUUGUUUAAAUCCCGAACUUCGACCAAUUUUAAAUUAUGUCAAUCAUAAAUCAUUGUCACCGUCAUCAUCAUGUGGAAAUAGUUUAUUUUCUACUGAAAAUUGUAAAUCUUAUUCAGAUUGUUGUUGGCUUUUACAAAAAAUUGCUCAUAGACUACAAGCAUUUCAUGCAUUCGCUUUAAAACAAGCUGAUAUUCAAAUAAAUUUAACAAGUACUACUGCUAAAAACACUAUGACUAUGGUUUGGUGUGAUACAUUAGGCAAUGGAUUAUUUCCUAAUGAAAUAUCUUCUCAAGACGAUUCUGAUAUAAUACCAAAAAAUAUUUCAUUAUUUUCGGGAUUUUUACCGGCUCUUGCAGCUUGCAGACUUUCAUGGUCUUCCGAAGUUCCACCUACAUAUGGUCUUUCCGGUAUAGAAUUUCUAAAAUUUAUGCCAUUAUUUUCUGGUGCACAUGUAAAUAGUGAUUCUGAAACAACAGAUUAUGCAGAUAUGAUUUUGAAUUUUUCAAAACAUUAUUACAAUUCAUUACGAAGUAACAAUAAUAAUAAUAAUAACAACGGUAAUCACAGUCAUAAUUGUCCAAUGGAAUUAGAUAAUUAUUGGAGUAUAGAUCAAAUGAAUUCACAAUUAUUGAAUAAUCUUCCUUUACCUGAAAAUCAUAUUGAAUUUGCUUUUACAAGAUUUCAAGCACUUAACGCUCAUGGUUAUACCGAACAAGCCUUACAUUGGGCACGUUUCCUAGCUCUUCUAUUACUAUAUACCAGUAAUGAAUUUAUCAAUGAAUGUGAACAAGCUUCUUUUGAGAUUGUUGGCAGAGUAAAAUACCAAUCUUCUGAAACUAAUACUACUAAUCAUGUAGCUAAUAUCAGUCGAAACACAGACAAUUCACAUAGAACUAAUCAACAAGAUUCAUGUCCUGCUAACUAUCAGUCUAAUUCACGCGGUCAACAGAAAUCAGUGCCUGCAAGUACAGUGUCAAGUUCAUGGAAUUCAAAUGGUAUACCUUGUGGUAUAGGUAAUAGUAUUGGUGGUGUUGGUAUAGGCGGUAGUUCAAAUCCUCGAAAAAAUUCACGAAAUGGACGUUCUAAGAAAACUGGUGCAUGUUCAAACACAAAUAAUCCUCGAGAAGCGACAGAAAAAUUUACAAAUUCAAUUAAAUUACAUCCAUUAGGUAAAAAAUUAUCCAUUGAUUACACUAAAAAGGCUAUUCGUUGGUUGGAUCAAAUACGUUGUAUCAUGGAGUGCCUUUCAAAUGCACACAAGGAACGUAUCUUUAGUAUGCCGAAUUCUUCAACCAAUGGAAAUAUUUUCUUCCCUAAAUCAACACGCUUUGAUAAUACAAAUAAUAGUACUAAUAACAAUGAUAGUUGUAUAAAUAAUAAUAGUAGUAAUGCUAACCAUAAUACCACUGAUCACAGAAAGCAAACAGAAACUAACAAUAUUGAUUUACAUAGAUCUUUUGAUAUAUGGGAAUGUAUUGAUAUUGAGUUGAUUUUUCGUCUUGGAUUUUGUGCGUUAAAAUUUCCUCGACCACCAUGUUGUAGUCCAUUAUUAGAAGUGAAAUUAUUUGUUAUAGAAAUUACAUUACUUACUCGACUUUGUUUUUUACCGAUUCAUCUUGCAUGUCCACAUGUAAUAUCAAGUAUACGUAGUGAAGCUAAACAAUUAGCAUCAGAUUUAACAUUACAUCAAAAAGAUAUUUAUGUCCCAUUUAAUUUGGCCACUUAUUUAUUUCAUCAAUUGGUCGGCGUAGUUCGAUCGUAUGGGAAUUAUUUACCACCACAAUCAGCUAAUUUUAUCCCACCCAUUCAUCAAGAUACAGAAAAUGUUGCACCAAAUAUUAAUGUUUCACUAAUGGAAAAUUUUUUCGCUUAUCCAGUAUUGUCAACUGGUGCAGUACUAGCUGGAAGUGGUUUACCAUUGGCAAUGGACAUAUAUAAUUCCACUAAUGGAACUACUACUACUCAUUUGUCAGGAUCGGAAAAAAAUGAUCAUCCUAUCAAUGUUCGUAUAGCAUCAGAUGGAGAAUUAGGUUUACAAUCUAUCUUAUCAGUAUUGGGUGUAAAAUCUCGUGUGCCAGAAAGAUUAUUCACUUAUUUUAUUGAAGGUCAACGUGCUCAAGAAGAUGCCUUAGCUGUAUAUCUGUUUCGUAUGUAUCGAGAUGAUAUAUCAAAACUUGAUCGAAUUCGUGCACGUUUACUUGAUCGCUACUAUAAUCCAUACUUUAAAUCUCCGCCUUUAUGGGCUUGUUUAAGUUUGGGAUCUCAUGAAUUAAUGAAUUUCCAAACAUCAAAUCUCGACUAUAAUUCAGUUCCUGAAGUAGUGGUAACAAGUAAAAUUGAAAAUAAAUUGAAUGUAUCACAAAACACCUCUGUACUGGUCGCUUCAUCAGUCUCACUUGAACUAAAUAAUUUAUCACCGAAUAAUAAUAGCAGCAAAACUCGAGAUGUAUUAAUUUUGUCUUCACCUUCCAACGCAUUCACUUCCAAAUUAAAUGAUAAUAAUUUAAUGGAUAACAACACACUACAAACUUAUGCUAGUAAAGAUCAGAAACAUUCUUCAAUAAUUAAACCUAAUAAUACUGUGGAAAAAAUGACUGAUGACGAUAAUAGCGUCAAUAGCAGUAGUGUUCAUCGAGGGAACAGGAAUGAUAUAUGUCCUAAUUCCAAUAAUACAACAGAUUCAUCAGAUGUAGAUAAUAUAGGUAAAUUAUCUGAGAAUGAUAAACAAUAUGCUCCGGCCAAUAAUGGCAACAAUAAUAAUACUCUUUGUUCGUUCGAUCCACUAUCGAUUAGUGAAGAUACAGAUACUUUAUCUGACUCAAAACUGGAUAAUUUACACUGUACUACUCUGUAUGAUGUUCGCAGAAAAAUAUCGCGUCAUUUGAACACAACUGAUACUACUACUAGUGCACCGGAAACAACUAGCAGUGAUAAUUCACCUGCUGUUACGCGUCGUUUGAUACUGAUUGGUGCUAAAUCAUCCGAAGCUCAAACAACAGAAAGUAGCGAUGGUGGUGGCGGUUGUGGAGUGAUUGCUGAACGUUACAAACAAUUGUCGUCGACUUUAUUGGAUCCAGUGAUAAUCAAUAAUAAUAAUAAUAAUAAUAAUAAUAAUAAUAAUAAUAAUAAUAAUAAUAUUAAUAAUAAUAGAAUUUCUUUAUACGGAACUGAUAUUUCAGAUGAAAGUAAAGAUUAUAUUCAACGUAGUGAUAAUGAUAGACAAGUUUCUACAGUAGAUGACAAUGUCAUACAAUCACCUUUCUCUUCAUUCUCUGAUGAUGAAGUUGAUGAUGGUGAUGACGAUGAGGAUGAUGAUGACAAUGAAUGUAUUCCUACUGAGAUAGUUACAAAACAAUCUGUUGCUAAUAAUAUGGGAGUUAGUAAUGAAAAUAAUAAUACUAAUAAUAGUUUACGGACAAAUGUCGUUCAGUCUGUGCCAAACAAUACUUAUAUCCAUUCAGGAUCUAAUUAUGAAUCUAGAAAUAAUUCAAAAUUUAACUUCACAUCAAAAAUUUCAACGUGUUCUCUUCCUAUUAGAAAUUUAUCUACUGCAACAGGUCCAUAUCGUUUACGCAUAGGUUGGCAUUCACAUCUUAAACGUCCACCACCACAACCUUUAUCCGAUUCAAUGGCUUUUCAUGCAUUUCAAUUAGCUGAAACAAUUCGUGAAUGUGCUGGUGGUCCAAGUACCAGUGGAUCUAUGUUUGUAGCUGAAACUGAAGCAAACGAUACUGUUCAUCGUAAUCUCCAAUUAAUAUCAUUUCAAUUAGGACUUUAUGGCUUAGGCUUAUUCAAUCGUCUUUUGCCUUCUUGGCAAAAUCGUACAUUCUCAAGAAACGGUGGAUGGAUAAGUCAACAAGUAUUUGAAAUCGGUAUACCGGCUGCUUGUAUUUUAUAUCAUUCUUGGCAACAACAUCUUACAGCUGCAGAACUAACCGCUAUCUCAUUUCAAUUAUCAAGAACAAACAAUCGUUCUCUUGUUGAUGUUGCUGCAGAGUUAUGUCUUGCCAGUUUAUCAUUAUGUACAGCGUUAAAACCACAAGAAUUAUACAGAGCAUUAGAACAAUGCGGUGAACAUUCAAGUCAUACUUUAGAACGUGGUUUAUUAUGCGUUGAACGUAGCGCUUAUCAAUCAUCACAUGAUAUUUUACCAGAGAUAUAUUUUUUUAUAGCAAGAAGUUGGUAUACUUUAUAUCAUUCAACCAAUAAAGAAUUUGAACAAGCACUGAAUUCAUUGGAAUCCUUCAAUAAUUCCAAUCAGUCAUCAUUGAAAAUUCGAAAUGAUAACGAGAAUUUAUCCAUGUUUAAUAAAAAUAAUACUACGAAUACAAUUUUAUCUGACUCAAAUAUUCAUGUUUAUCCUAAUUUAACGAAUUCAAUUCAGGAAUUGACUAAUAACGAUAUUAAUAAUAAUAGCAGUGUCACUAGUAAUAAUAGUGAUAUUAGUAAUAAUGCUACUAUCAAUACCGCUAUCACUACUACUGCUACUACUAUUAAUAAUAAUAGUAAUAAUUCUAUCACAGAAAUGUCAUUAGUUUCAGAUUCGAACCAUGCAACUAGUGAUAAUAAAAGUAACAAUAAUAAUUCUAGCAAUGGUAUCAAUUUAACCAGUAAUGAUUUAGUUAAUGCUUGGUAUUAUUAUCAGUCGGUUAAUUUAUUGCCACAACCGAUUGUACGAGGUGAUCAACAACCGCAUCAUCAGCAUCAAGAGCAACCAAAUCAAUUGAUGUAUAAUGCCUCUAUGUUGUCCCUGUGA